GUUUUUUUUUUAACGACUCAGACACAAGCUGAUUUGAUCUCACAGUGAAAGCGUCUCAUUUUGUGGAAUCUUUGAAAGCACUUAACCGCCUGUAGACAACUCUGCCUACCUACUACCUGGACUUUUUUCGUGUGCCUCGCUGAAACGUAACCGUUUAAGCAACCACCUUACUGAUGGCAAAUAAUAUUAUUCGCCCACUAGGACAUGACGAAACCAACUGCGCUUUGAUGCAUGAGGCAAAAGUCUCUACAAUGGCGUUUACCACGUGGAUCACCUCGAAAAGGUUGAUAACAGAUGAUGUCUGGGUACAGUGUCUCGGGCAACUGCAAAGAGACAUUCCGCACCUUCGACUGGCCAUAGUUUGGCAGGAAGGGAAGAGGCACUUCAAGUAUAUGGACGUCCCUCGUGUAGACUACGAGGCUGUUGAAGGGACGGCGGAAGAUGACUGGGAGAAGGUCCACGAGGAUAUGAUGCCCGUGAUGUUUGACACAGCCAAUGGUCCGCUUUGGAGGGUGAGAGUAGUGCGCAUGCCCAAACAAAAUGCUGACUCAACAAUGGAGGGAUACGUCGUAAAUGAUAACGACCUCUUCAACAGCGUAGUCGUGUUUGGGAUCCAUCACUCUAUCAUGGAUGGAACUUCUAAGCUAUUAAUGUUACGCAGACUAAUUGAUAUCCUAAACGCCGCCAUGUUGGGUGUGCCCUGUGAGGAUGGCGAUGUCGUGAUGCUUCAUCCAGCUUUGGAAGAUCUCUUGCCAAAAGAUGAAAUGACAUUUAGUUGGCGAGAUUAUCUUCAUGUAAUAAAGGCAAAGCUUACGCAGUGGUUUCCCAGCAAGAGUCUUUAUAUGAAGCGAUUCCCACCACCGGUUGCAAUAGAUGACACGUACACAAAGACAGUAGCAGUUGAAUUUUCAAUUUCAGAAACGGAUAGAAUUCUAGCGAAAUGUAAGGAACAUUGGACAACUGUCCAUGGUGCCUUCUUUGCUGCUGCAUCCAUGGCCAUAGCAAAUAUGAUAAAUGAUGGAAAACCACCCAGCGUUUUGAACAUAGGUUCUAUUCACGCUGUUAACAUGCGGCGUUUUCUUCCACCGGAAUUAAACGCUGCCUUUGGCAUUUUAAAUUGGGUACCUGCUGUCACCAUAAUGACCCCGACAACUGUCACGUAUUCCGCCUUCUGGAAACUUGCAAAGGAUGCAACCCAAGUUGUUCACUCCGCACUUAGAAAUGGAGACGUCACGCAGUCUUAUAAAAUAGAUAAAUACAUUGGUGACGACAGAGUAAAACGCAUCCUAGCUAAUCCGGAUUGUACAAUGGAAUUCAUGACGUCCAAUAUUGGUGAUUGCGACAAGUUAUGUCCUCCUGGUAGACACGACGACGAGGUCCACGCUACAAGAAUUGUCUCGUCCACCGCAUCGCGUAGGUAUCCUGCACCUUUUGUGCACUAUCUGCACAAAUUCCGAGGCCGGUUCUGCUACAACCUAGACUACUGCACCAACAGGGUGAGUGAUACCAACGCCCACAAAUACGCUGAACUGACUGUGCAUUUGAUGAAGAUGGCAGCAGGAGACGAAUGGACAUAGAGAUAAUUGAAAUUAAAAGGUUGUCUGUUUUGCCCUAUUCAAACUUGAGGUAAAAUCAAUUUAAGCAACUGAGUCAGAAUAGGCCUUAGACAGCAUGGGGCAGAGAAGGACGAAAAUGCAGCUUAAGGGGUGUACUAGUAUGUGAGACUGGCUUCUGGUACAAUAUAUCG